UGACACGCCACAAACUAGAAUUUUUUUUGAAAAAAAUCAAAUCUAAAAAGUGCUAGAUUAAAUCUGUAAAUAUGAAAGAAGAGGAUGAUGUGAAGGUAAAAGAAGAGCAAGUGGACAGAGAAGCAUCUGCUCCUAAGAGGCUAGCAGGACAACCACUUAGUGACUUUACUCAGCAACUAGAGGACUACACACCCACAAUUCCUGACUCUGUGACAUCAUACUACUUAAGCCAUGCUGGAUUUGAUACUCAAGACCCUCGAAUUGUGCGAUUGAUCUCACUGGCAGCUCAAAAGUUUAUCUCAGAUGUGGCUAAUGAUGCUUUACAGCACUGCAAGAUGAAGGCAUCAGGUCAGAGCUCAAAGAAACAAGGAAAAGAUAAGAAGUACACACUUACUAUGGAAGAUCUGACGCCCGCCUUGCAGGAAUACGGAAUCAACGUGAAGAAACCACAGUAUUUCACCUGAGACAAAUACCUGUAUAUAUAGUAUUCAACAGUGUACAGUUCAACAGACAUUUUUAUAUAAUGAGAUAAACUGGUCAUGAAUGGAUCAAGUAUCAUAGCUUCAUGAAGUUGCCUAGGAGUUGAUUUCUUGACGUGAUAUGUAGUACUGUUUACCUAAAGGUGCAGAUUCUAGUAGGAACAAGUGUAAACUGUAGAGAACAUCGAAAGAAAAAGUAUCUAAUACAGAUGCUGUUUUGGAAUGUACACCAGCACUGUAAAAGUGGAAUAUACACAUGGACUAAAUAUCUGCAUUCGAUACUGUUUAACAACUCCUAAUAUGACUAACUGAAAUAGCAUGAAUCUGAAUUAAUGGCCACUUAUAGGCAUUUUCCCAUUCCUGAAUACAUGUUGCUGGUGACAUGCUAUCAGGGAAUCUGUAUGCAUUAAGGAGCAAUGUGCACUGCAGACUUCCCAUCAAUGUGGCUAAUAAAAUUGUUAAU